AGGAAAAAACAAGAAAGCUAAAAUAAAUAGAACUGAAAGUUCUUCUCUGAAACCAAACCAAAAGUCAAGAAGAAUUUCCAUUUCCAAAAUCACACAAUUUCUCAGAAAGGGCGAUCAGGAGCUUUGAUUUGAGCAAGAAUGGGUGAUCAUCUGGUCCUGUGUGCUGACCAUCUUAUAACAGCUCAAAGUUUGGAAUCAAUGCAAGGGAGUGAUUCUUCGGGAUCGUCCUUGGGGAGCCCUUGUUCUCAGAAAACUACUGAGGUGUCUACUUGUGUCGUCAAUGUUGAUGGUGUGGAAGAACAGGGUAUGCCUGGAGAAGAAGAACCCCUGAUACAGACAUCAGAAUGUCGUAUUUGUCAGGAAGAGGACACCCUUAAAAAUCUAGAGGUCCCUUGUGCUUGCAGUGGCAGCUUAAAGUUUGCUCAUAGGAAAUGUGUCCAGCGAUGGUGCAAUGAGAAAGGAGAUGUUACUUGUGAAAUUUGCAACAAGCCUUACCAACCUGGUUAUACUGCCCCACCACCUCUCCCUCACUCUGAAGAGACUACAAUAGACAUCAGUGAGGAUUGGACAAUUUCUGGUGCCCCUAUAGAUUUGCAUGACCCUCGACUAUUGGCGGUGGCGGCAUCAGAACGCCAGUUUCUGGAGGCUGAAUAUGAUGCAGAUACAAAUGCUGGUGGUGCAGCUUUUUGCCGCUCGGCUGCUCUAAUUUUGAUGGGUCUUCUAUUCUUGAGGCAUGCUUUAGCACUUCCUGAUUCUGACGACGAGGAUGAUGCUUCCGCUUUUUUCUCUCUUUUCUUACUACGGGCUGCUGGUUUUCUUCUCCCAUGCUACAUUAUGGCCUGGGCCAUCAGUAUAUUGCAGCGUCGACGGCAAAGACAGGAGGCCGCAGCACUCGCCGCAACCGAAGUUGCAUUUAUGAUACAGGCAGGGCAGCAUCGGGGCCUGCAGUUCAGAAUAGCUCCAGGCCCUGCUGUGACUCCGCAUCAAGGGCCACUUCAAUGAGUCUUUCCUUAAUCCUUAUUGGCGGAAAAGACGAACCGCGCUUGAAAAAUUCAAGCCUAUUGUUGAUCUUUUUUAUUCUACUAGAUUUUAAAGAAAGGGAACAGAAGGUUGUAAUUUUCUGUUUCUGAUGUGUGUGUUUAUUAUCAGAUUAUUUCAACUUAAAAGUUUCUCAUUUUUGGUUUUUGUACAUAAUCAUGGUUCUAAUGCGGCAUGAGAAACUUCUUAAAGAAAGGAUGAUCCACAUAUUGACAUAAUUGCGGAC